GAGACAAGCAUACAUGCUACAUCAGGGCCGCCAUCAGGGGGGUACAGGGGGUACACCUGUACCGGGCCCGGGGCUAAAGGGGGGCCCGGCUGUGCUGAAGACCCGAAGUCGCGCCGAAAAUUGGAUGUGGAGAAGUGCAAAGUUAGGGAUUAUCUGCAAGUUCCACUAUCAGUAAACUCAAUUUCAAGCUGUGACACAAUGCACAACUGAAGUUUUCAUCAGCAGUAUGAAAUUUGCAGACGAUCCCUAACUCUGCAAUCUCGCCCUGCCCCAGUGCUUUUCAGCCAAUGACAGCGUCUCCCUUCCUUAUGUCCCGCCCCUGUAAGCACACGGUUCCUCUUUGGGCUCUUUUCUUUAUGACACAGAGAGAGUUGAGUGGCAGCAUCCUGGAGCUUGCAGAGAAACAGAACAUGAGGGAGACAAAGCAGUUAUGUAUCACAAGGAUUACAUGUUUAGCCAAUAACUGGCGACUCUCCGAGUUAUACUUAAACAACAAUGAAAUCUGUGAUAUUACAGGCUGUCUGAAGCAUUUAACCUCAUUACAUACACUGCUGCUGAACAAUAACCGACUUGCUAACCUGCAGGCAACUGCAACAGAGCUGAAAGGAAUGACUAAUCUGCAGGUUUUAAGCUUAAUUAAUAACCCACUGGCUCAAGAAUCAAGUUAUCGUUCAUACAUAAUCCAUUGCAUUCCUUCCGUUCAACGCCUUGACCGCCAAAAAGUUGUACAAAAGGAAAGAGACAAUGCAUUUAAAAUAUUUAAUCCCGAAAGAACAGCAGUUAUACAGUCAUUAGGAUUUGGUAGAAGAACAGACUCGGUACUUGCUAUGAAAAGUGCAUCCAAAUCGUCUCUUCGGAAAUCAGCACAAAGCUCAGGAAAUCAAGGCUCGGUUUAUAGUAAGCCCCCAGAUGCAUUAGAAGCUCUGUUGCUAAGAACAAAUCAAAGGUCCGUCGUGCAGUUUUCACUUGUAGAUUGGACUAAAAUCCCAUCGGCAAAACAAACAAACAAAAGCCGCACAGAAGAACAAUCAUUGGAUAAACCUCAAUUACUAACUGUGGAGUUCCAGUGACUGGCAGCGACGUUCUCUUGUUUAUUAUAAGGAAAUCACUAACUGCUAUUUCUUCUCUAUUCCAUCCUGUGUCCCCUUCUUAUUCUGCUGCUCGGCUUUGUUUCUGUGUUAGUUAUAGUUAGUUGGUUCUGUUGCACACCCGGAUGACUUAACACAAACAACACAAACAAGGGAUUACAUUUAAUAAAGGAAAUGGAAAAGUU